AACAUAUAAAGCACUCGGCUUUCUGUCUCAAUUCCCGUACGCCAUCGAUCAAUCAUGUAUAGAUUCAUCUCUUCCCGCUCCAAAUUCCUUUCAUCGAAAUCUUCUGUCUCCACCGUCUCCCUUUGUAAUCAUCUCUCCAAUUCAACUAACUCGGCAGAUAAUAAAUCUCAGUCCAAUCCAUCUACAUCUCUUCCAAAACUCUCUGGUUCCUCAUAUCAAACGCAAAAUCUGAAUGGAUCUCCCUACUUUCGCCGUUUUAAUCAAAAUUUAAGUUUUUUAGCCUCUAAAAGUGGUUGUAACUGGUUUCCCUCUUCUGGGUACUUGCCAAACUGUGGGAUUUCUGAUGGAAAUCGAAGUAUUAUUAGAUGUUUUAGCGUUGAACCGGAGCGAGAGUCUAUAGAGUACGAUGUUGUGAUUGUUGGAGCGGGGCCGGCGGGUUUAUCUGCUGCAAUAAGAUUGAAGCAAUUGUGCCAAGAAAAGGGUGCGGAUUUAUCGGUCUGUGUAGUUGAGAAAGGCGCUGAAGUGGGUGCCCACAUCAUAUCUGGCAAUGUGUUUGAGCCCCGGGCGCUAGACGAGCUUCUCCCACAGUGGAAACAGGAACAGGCACCAAUCAGUGUACCUGCUUCUUCAGACAAAUUUUGGUUUCUUACAAAGGAUCGUGCCUAUUCGCUUCCGAGUCCUUUUGAUAACCGGGGGAACUAUGUUAUAAGUUUGAGUCAAUUAGUGCGAUGGAUGGGGGUGAAAGCUGAAGAAUUUGGAGUGGAGAUAUAUCCAGGUUUUGCUGCGAGUGAGAUACUAUAUGGUGCGAACAACAGUGUCAUUGGGAUUGGAACUAAUGAUAUGGGAAUUGCCAAAGAUGGUUCUAAGAAGGAGAAUUUUCAGCGUGGUGUAGAAUUAAAAGGUCGGUUAACGCUUUUUGCUGAAGGUUGUCGAGGAUCACUGUCAGAGAAAAUAAUUAAAAAAUACCAAUUGAGAGAGAAGGUGAAUGCUCAACAUCAGACUUACGCUUUGGGAAUUAAGGAGGUUUGGGAAAUUGAUGAGAGCAAGCAUAAUCCUGGUGCAAUUCUUCACACAUUAGGUUGGCCCUUGGAUAAGAAAACAUAUGGAGGAUCAUUUCUAUAUCACAUGAAAGACAGGCAGGUUUCAAUAGGCCUAGUGGUUGCUUUGAAUUAUAGGAAUCCUUACUUAAGCCCAUAUGAGGAAUUCCAGAAACUUAAGCAUCAUCCUGCCAUCAAACCAAUUCUGGAAGGUGGAACUGUCAUCCAGUAUGGGGCUCGCACUUUAAAUGAAGGAGGUAUCCAGUCUAUUCCAUAUCCAGUUUUCCCGGGAGGAGCAAUUAUUGGAUGUUCGGCUGGCUUCAUAAAUGUACCAAAAAUAAAGGGAACACAUACUGCUAUGAAAUCAGGAAUGCUAGCAGCAGAAGCUGCAUUUGGUGCUCUUCAUGAAGGCUCAAAUUUGGAAUUGUACUGGGAAACUCUAAGGAAUUCUUGGAUAUGGGAAGAGCUCUACAAAGCUCGGAACUAUCGACCUGCAUUUGAGCAUGGACUUAUUCCUGGAAUGGCUAUAAGUGCAUUAGAACACUACAUACUGAAAGGAAAGUCCCCCUUCACACUGAAACAUGGGAAACCUGAUCAUGAAGCAACAGAUGUUGCACAAUUACACUCUCCAAUUGAAUAUCCAAAACCAGAUGGGGUUUUUUCUUUUGAUGUACCAACCUCUUUGCACAGGAGCAACACAAAUCAUGAACACGAUCAACCAGCUCAUCUUCGUUUGAGGGACCCUAAAAUUCCUGAGCUAGUGAAUUUGCCAGAAUAUGCUGGACCAGAGUCACGAUAUUGUCCUGCUCGUGUAUACGAGUAUGUCCCAAAUGAAAAGAGCCAACUGAAGUUACAGAUCAAUGCUCAGAAUUGCCUACACUGCAAGGCAUGUGACAUCAAGGAUCCAAAGCAAAACAUUGAGUGGACGGUACCUGAAGGAGGAGGUGGCCCAGGCUACUCAGUCAUGUAGAUUUAGUGCUUACCAUUGCUGCAAAUGAUUAUAUUUAAUGCAUAAGACUUUAAUAGAUACAAUUAUAUCUCAAAAAUAAAUGCAACAUGAAUAUGUCUCAGCAAUUUUUUACAAAUUGAAAUCAAUUCAAAGUGGCAUUGCAUCAGCCAUAUUGAAUA